AUGGGAUACCGGCUGCGCGGCGAGUUCUGCAUCGGAUUCGCCUCUUCAUUGUCCCUCGUCUCCCUCAUCCUCCUCAUAUUCCUCCAUGUCGGCCAAAUAAGCACUUCGACCGUCCCUCGAAGCAUCUCCAUGGCCAAAGUGAACACCUCCAACUACGGCGCCGCCCUCGCCGCCGAGUUCAACGACCCCAUCCACGGCCUCUACACGACCAACACCUCCCUCCCGCUCUCCAACGGCACCGGCCUGCGCACGCACUACUCCUGGGGCCUCUACUCCUACUGCGCCUUCUCCCCCAACACCACCUCCACCACCAACUCUACCUCCUCCUCCAACUUGACCACCACCUCCUCCUCCUCCGACGGAGAGAAGAAGCUGCACGGAAAAUGCUCCAACUCGACCGUCGCCCGCAAGUUCCAGCCCUACCGCGCGCUCACCGCGGACAUGAUCGCGAACUACACCCAGUUCACGGACAACAUCUUCGCCCAGGCCUCCACCCGCUUCGACGACUCCAACUACCUCGGCUCGCUCACCACCCCCGCGUACUAUCUCAUCCUCCUCGGCACCAUCUGCUCCGCGCUCGCCUUCUUCGUCGGCAUCCUCCGACACACCUACACCUUCUUCCUCUCCACCCUCUUCGCCCUCGUCGGCUCCUUACUCCUCCUCGUCGCCGCCGCCAUCUGGACCGCCGCCCUCGCCUCCGCCCGCUCCGUCAACGCCCUGCACCUCACCCGGCCCGACGCCGCCCCCGCCAUCGCGCUCGGCAUCCACCUCGACGCCGGCAACGGACUCUUCAUCCUCUGGGCCGCCUUCGCCACGCUCUUCGCCAGCCUCGGACCUUAUCUCGUCUCAUGCUGCACGUUCCGAGGAUAAAGGAUGCAAUCGAUUCGCCUUUUUUUUAUACACCAUUCCAAGGAAGAGACCCGCGAACCGUCGUCCAUCCGGUCAUGGACAAGCCAAAGAAAAAAAGAAAACAAAAAGGAAACAAAUCGUUCCGUUCCGUUCACGAUCCACUUCCACGUUCCUCCUCCCUCCUCCUCCCCCCUUUUUUCGUACUUAUUUUCCAAACCUUUUACACCCUUCCAUCCGGACAUGGACGAAUCCUUUCUUCUUCUUCUUUUUCCCCCCUACUUGCUCUUUUACUUUUUACUUUUUUUUGCUCCAUCGCCAUUAUCGCUCAACCUCAACGAAUCCGGACACCUCUCUCUCCUCACACACAUACUGACCAUCUUGCGCCACCCCAUCCCAUCCGUUC